CUCUUCUUCACAUUCUUCACCUUCUUCACCUCCCUUCUCCCUUACUCCCCAAUCCCAAUUGGCCCAAGUCAACCCCCCGCGCCCGCCCCGCGACAAGCCCAGCGCAACCGGCGACAAUGGCCUCGCAAUACCCUCAAAACCCCCUCCCCCCGCCGCCGCGCGACAUGGACAACCACCAUUACUACGACAACGACGAGGACGGCAGCAACAAUGCCCCGCCACCCCUCCCCCCCAAGGACACCCCCCCGCCCAUGGCCAUGGCCUCCUCGCCCAACCCGUACGCCUCCUCCAGCCGCUGGCGCCACGCCGAGUCGUCGGCCUACGCGCGCUACGAGAAGGAGAACCGCCAGCAGUACCAGCAGCAGUACCAACCCCACCCGCACCACCACCCGGUCGCGCGCGACGCCGACUCGCGCGGCGCCGGCGUCUCCGACCUCGCCAGCUUCCUCAACAAGUCGCGCCUCGACCCGAGCGAGACCCGCGAUGACACCGCCGGCCGCCCCAUCACCCCGCGCUUCAAGCCUGUUGUUGCUGGCGCGUCCGAGGCGAGGGUUGCUCUGGGUGGUGCUGAUGCUGAUGCUGAUGACCGAGAGGGGGUGGCUCGUCCCGAGCAGCGGGGGCCGCCGCCGGAUGGUAAGGAGAUUGUGUGUGGGCCGCUGUUGAAUUAUCGGCGGAUGGAGGGGGGGCGGUGGGUGGGGAGCGCGUUGGUGGUGACGGCGGGUGGUGGGAAGACGCAGCCGAUCGUGCCGACGGCGAAUUUGUGGAGGGCGGAUGGUGGUGGUCGUGGUGGUGGUGGUGGCCGUGAGGGUGGGGUGGCUGUGAUUGAGGGUGUCUGUCUCUGCUCGGACUCGAGGAGUACCUUUUGGCGGUUUGAUCUGGUGGUUGAGAUGGACGAGGUCGAGACUAAGUGGGAGUAUGAGCUGCCCGGUCUGCGGUUUGCGAGCGGCACCAAGCCGCGCGUGAAUAACUUCUUCGUCCCAGCCAUUCAGGAGUCCAUGAGGAUCAUGUUCCACUCGUGCAACGGCUUCAGCGUCGGCACCGACGAGGCUGCUUGGAGCGGCCUGGCGCUGUGGAACGAUGUCCUGCGCAAACACGAGGAGAGGCCCUUCCACGUCAUGAUUGGCGGCGGCGACCAGAUCUACAACGACGGCAUCCGUGUUUCCGGCCCGCUGCACGACUGGUCUAACAUCAGCAACCCCAAGAAGCGGAAGCACCAUCCGUUCCCGGAGAGUCUCCGCCAGGAAUGCGACGACUACUAUCUGAAGAACUACAUCCGCUGGUACUCGACCGAACCUUUCGCCGGUGCCAACGGCCAGAUCGCCCAGUUGAACAUCUGGGACGACCACGAUAUCAUCGAUGGAUUCGGCUCGUAUGUCAACGAGUUCAUGAAGUGCGACGUCUUCAGGGGCAUUGGCGGCACCGCCCACAAGUACUACAUGCUGUUCCAGCACCACCUGCCGCCGCCUGCCUCCACCUACACCUCGGAUGCUGUCUCGGCUACCGCGGUCGAGGAGGGACAAGGAAUCGACCCCAACCAGCUCAUGGAGUCAUACGUCCACCCGCCGCUCUCGGAGCCCAACUACAUUUAUGGUCCAAAGGCCGGGCCGUAUGUUGCGGAGCAUUCCCACAACAUGUUCACCCAGCUGGGUGCCAGAAUUGCCUUUUUAGGUAUCGACGCCCGCACCGAGCGUACGAGACAUCAGGUCAACUACCCCGAGACGUACGACGCCAUCUUCACCCGCCUGAAGAGGGAACUCUCGGCCGCUGCGAGCUCCGGGCGCCCGUUCAAGCACUUGAUCCUCCUGCUGGGCAUUCCCAUCGCAUACCCGCGCCUCACCUGGCUCGAGAACAUCUUUGCGAGCCCCGUCAUGGGCCCCAUCAAGUUCCUGAACCGCCGCGUGGGCAUCGGCGGCAGCUUCUUCAACAGCUUCGACGGCAGCGUGGAUCUCCUGGAUGACCUCGACGACCACUACACGGCGCGCACCCACAAGAAGGAGCGCAACUGGCUGGUAGAGAAGCUGCAGGGCAUCUGCGCCGAGUUCUCGAUCCGCAUCACCAUCCUGGGCGGCGACGUGCAUCUGGCCGCCCUGGGGCGCUUCUACUCGAACCCGCGCCUCAACAUCCCCGCCGAGGAGGACUACCGCUACAUCGUCAACGUCGUCUCCUCGGCCAUCGUCAACAAGCCCCCGCCGGCCGCCGUGGCCAACCUCCUCGCGCGCCGCAACAAGAUCCACCACCUCAACCACGACACCUCGGAAACCCUGCUCAAGCUCUUCGACAAGGACCCGGGCAACAGCCAAAAGACGGCCGCCCACAACAAAGUCACCAUGCCCUCGCGCAACUUCGCCAUGAUCACCGAGAACUCGCCCUUCAACCCGGCCACCCCGCCCAACGGCACCGGCAACGGCGACGUCGCCACCCACCACCCAGCAGCCGCAGGCAUCGCCGCCCCCGCACCACCCGGCACCUCCUCCUCCAGCGCCAACUCCUCCGCCACCCCCUCCCACCAACACCACGCCAAGCACAAAGACGAGCGCCUCCCCUUACACGCAGGCGAAGCCGGCUGCGGCACAACCCACAAGGCCGCCACAUCCCGCGGCGCGGGCGCCCAUGGACGGGGCUCCGACGGCGGCCUCGACGUGUGCAUCUGCGUCGAGAUGGACCAGCACGACGCGACCGGCCAGACCCAGGGCUAUGGUCUGACGGUGCCGGCCCUGCACUACAAGGGUCCCCGGCCGCCGAGCCUGGAAUUGUUGCCGCCGCGGAGUGCGGGGAGGAGUGAGGUGGGGAGUCGGGGGAGUGAGGCGAGGUAGUUGGUUGUUGUAUUUGUGUUUUCUGAUGG